AUGGAUCAAGUCAUUCAAGAUGUCCACAUGAAUGGAGGCACGGCUGAAACAAGUUAUUCUGCUAAUUCAUUAGCUCAGAAGACAGCUAUACUCAUAACCAGGCCAAUAGUAGAGGAAGCAAUAUUGAACAUAUUAUCGAAGUUGUACAAUACCACUACCAUCUCUGCAGCGACGUCUGAGCUGAGGAAGACUACUAUAGGCAUCGCAGAGUUAGGUUGUUCUUCAGGGCCUAAUGCGUUGUUGGUCGUCUCCUAUAUUUUGGAUAGUAUUUACAAUAAACAUUUUCAAUCUGGCAGUGCUACGCCUGAGAUUCUCGUGUUCCUUAACGAUCUUCCAGGCAAUGAUUUUAACACCCUUUUUAAGGAUGUGGGAGGUUUCUGUGAUAAACUAAGAAGAACCACAGGAGAUGGUUUUGGACCAUGUUUUGUCUCUGGAACGCCUGGAACAUUCUAUGGCCGACUGUUUCCUAGUGACACUCUUCACAUCGUUCAUUCUUCCUACAGCCUUAUGUGGUUAUCGCAGGUUCCGCACGGGAUUGAGAAGACUAAUAAGGGAAACUUUUACAUCGCAAAAUCAAGUCCUCCAUCAGUUGUUACGGCAUACUUGAAUCAGUUCAAGAAAAAUUUCAGGGUAUUUCUUGAGUGUCGUUCAGAAGAAUUAAUCAACGGAGGAAAAAUGGUGUUAAUAGUUGUGGGUAGGAGCAGUUCAGAUCCUACUAGUAAAGAGUGUUGUUCUUUCUGGGAAUUAUUAGCUCUAUCAGCCCACGACCUUGUCUUAAAGGGAGCCAUUGAAAAGGAGAUAUCAAAUUCAUUUAAUAUGCCUGCAUAUUUUCCUUCCCCUGAAGAAAUGAAGUCUGUAAUUAUGAGUGAAGGUUCAUUCACGAUUAAUCGAAUCGAGACAUUUGGUGUGAACUGGGAUGGUAGUGGUUGUAAUGGAAAUGAAAAGUCAGUGACAAACAAGUUAAUAAGUAGCCAUUACAUAGCUAACUCCCUCAGAGCAGUGUCAGAACCCUUACUGGCAGAUCACUUUGGAGAGAAGAUAAUGGAUGAACUGUAUGGUAGGUUCAUGGAGAGAAUUGAAGAAUAUGCAGCCACAGAAAAAAACUGA